AUGAAUGAUGAACAAAGUUCAUUUGAACUAUCUAAAUCCAAGAAAAUAUCGAAAGUCAUCAAAAAAUCAAAAGAAACAAAGUCUAACAACCAAAAUUCUUCUCAAAAAUAGACGAAAAAAAAGAUAUUCUUAUCUAUGAAAGACAUCAAGGACGUCCAAUAUAAAAAAAAUGGAAUCCCAAACGAGAACAAAAGUGAAGUGGUAGUAACGAAAUAAGAAGAGAAGAAUUGA